UGACAAUGGGAAGAGACCGACAAAGUCGACGACAUAUUUUAAUAUAACCUGGAACAGUUGUUCACGUUUUUUUAUAAAGAUUGUCCAACUCAUGUGGUACUAGAAAUCAGGGUCAAAGUUGGAGUGGUUAAUAGUAUAAUGGAGAUAGAAGUGAUGAUUAGUGAUACGGACAAUUGUAACGUAACAGCUGUAGUAAUGUGGAAUGUAGUAAAAGUAGUAAUAAUCCGGUUAACUGUAGGUCGGAUUGGGCAUGAAAUUAAAGUUAUAUAAUUGUGCAUAUUCAUUAAAGUUGUGUGAGAUUGAGGUUAAUUUGGUAUAUCUUUGUGGUUUUCAGACAGUUGAUAGCAACACCGGCCUGAAUUUGAUGUCGUGAAAUUAAUCAACAAUAGAAUAACCAGAUAAUGUUUUCUAAACGGUUUAUCGACAAGAAAUUUAUUGGAAAUGGAUAGGCGUUGGAAGUUUAGGGGGAGCUGCAGCAGUAACAGCCACCACUUUAGUUAAUUUCGGCGACGUUAAGUUGUUUAAUUACUUUUUUUUAGUUUGUGUAGUAAAUGUGUUUUUUUGUGUGACAAAUUGAAAGUGAUAAUCUGAACAAAUAAGUGCCCCCACUGUGACCGUGAUUUUAAAACUAUGGAUGAAAAAAGUAUGGAGACGGAGCCGGACAAGUCAUACCUUCAUCAACAGCAGCAGCAACAAACUAAUUUAUAUACGUCCGGAAAUGACGAAAAAAUGAGUUCCUCCAACCCCACUGGUCCUUCCACUAAUACGGUGGUGGGUGGGGGAGGUCACUUACGUGGUAUAUCUCACGGUCACGGUGCGAUCCUAAUGAGCAAUAAUAAUAAUAACAAUAACAAUAACAACGACGAUAACGAUGUGAGUAUGAGGAAUGGGGUUGUUGGCCAGAGAAUUUUUGGUGGAGGGCAGAUCCGCUCGAUGGAUGACGCCGAGGUUGGAAUGACGUCGGGGUCACGGAGUGGAAGCACGGAAAUGUUGCGACAUCACCAUCGGCCUUCAAGAGCGUGUCCAAGUCCUGUCUCUUCCAUUGUGGGGACAGCUUUAAAUCAGAUGCAUUUGAAACGGUCAUCUUCAGCUCCAAUGAUAAAUCAACUCGGUAUUGGUGCCAUUGUACCGGAAACGAUGAAUAAUAUAUCUCCGUCGUCAACGCCAAGUUCGGGUAGCCUUCCGCACCACAGUUCUGCGAGAAAUAAAGAGUCAAUCGCGGAUUUGGAUUCUUACGCCUCGUCUUUCUUGUCAUCGCUGGGAGGGAGACCUAGAAGGUUCUCGGCCAGCUUUAGUCCAGCCGGAUCGCCUGGCCCUGCACCCAACAGAGUUAGUCAACUACGCCAAGAAAAUACUGCAGAUUGGGAGACGAUGAGUGAAAAAGAGUUUCAUGGGACGAUAAAUAUUGCACAGUCAUGGGAGGAUUUAUCUUUGGACUCCAUGUCGAUGGAAGUGGGAACUCGACGACCGAGUAUAUCGGAUCAGUUAUGGUUGUCAAUGCCACCAUCAUCAGCACCAUCAUCCCCCGCAGCAUCACCUAGAGUCAUGUCUCGUUUCUCGCCAAGUCUUUCAUCACCUUCCCCAACUAGAAAAAGCUUUACGACAAGGAGAAGUCUGUCUCCGAUUGCAGUUCGUCCAAGUGUGCUAGCCAUAGGUCAACAAGGCGUUAAAAGAAAAUGUGAUUGGGAUUCGAACGGUUCAUCUUCUAAUCAAAUGGACUGCUCCCCCCAACCUGCAAAGCGCCCAGGUCUUUUGUCCUCGUUUAAUGCUGCCGCUGGUGGUAGUGCAAGUCCUGUUAGUCAAUUUUCAAGUCCUAGCUCUACUGUGGGGCCUGGUGGAGGAUAUCCGUUCAGCUACACCAACACUGCAGUUCAUCAACAGUACUUCCCAUUACAGCAAACUAAUAACCCUUCCUCCUCCUCUCAUCAACCACAGCAGCAGCAACAACAGCAGCAUUCGUCAACCUCUUCAUUCAAUCCAAACAACUCUUCUACGUCUUCUAAUUCCUUAAUGUCCAUGAUUACAAAUCAUGUUGAAGACUCACCAUUUUCAAACGAGACUGAAUCUUCCGUUUCCUCCAUUGGUGGAUGCGACUCGCCAUUUUUUCGACCUGUUGACUCCCCCCUCGCAUCUGUCACCACGUCCCCGGACGACUCGCCGCGACCAUCACAUCCCAAAAUAUGAGGCAACGACUUAUGGAAACUUUCUGAAAGUUGAAUGGACAAAGUUUAAAGAAGAAAACCCCAAUGUGGAACGGACCUGAUUUGAAAUUCGGCUAUACAUACAUCUGUAAUCGAUUGUCUUUCUUCUGAGAAAGCAGUUGGAUUAUUAUUUGUAUCAUCAAUCAAUUUGUGCUCAGUAUAAAAUACUAAAUAAUUAGGUUUAUUAGAUGAUUUACAUAGGUUGAGAGUAAAAUAGUCGAGUCGUAAUGCCUUUGUCAACUUUACUGAACUGUGUUCACGGUCUAAUUUAAAUGAAAUUGAUUGUAGUUGUUUAAAAAUGUUGCGAGCUGGCAUAUCAGAGUUGACAUAAUAUAUCUGUAGAUUGAGUGAAAGUCUUUAAAAUUUUUUUAAAAUUUUGUCUUCUUCCUCUUCUUCUUGCGAGAAUCUGUAACGAAAUGAAGGGCUCCGUUGACGGAGUGAGAGCGUGUAAAACUUUUACUGUCUACUUGUAAGCUCUAUCAACCUACUUAUCCUACCUCUCCUAAAAACCAGUAUAAUAAGUUAACAAAGAAAACAGAGAGGCUAUUCGGUACCUAUUAUACCAUACCAUCAUUAUAUACCCUAUAUUUAACGAUAACAUAUGACAUAGCUCCCCAGUACAAAUCUGUGUAAGUAUGAAACUCAGGAUACGAAACGUAUUGAACUUGAGUAAAAAUUGAAAUUUCUUUGAUAGGACUCUACUUUUGGUUUGUACUUUCUCCCUUGUUGCUUGAAUGUUUCCGAAGUAAAAUAUUUUUAAGGCUUUGACGAAAUAUAUAUCAGAAUAUUAUGUACAUACAUAUUUUAUUCUCCUGGUCUUGUGCACCCUCCUUCCUUCCUCCUUCUAAUUCUUGUCCCCUCUCUACUUCUUAAUUGAUAUGUCUCUUAAUACUUAGCUGAAGAUGAUAAUCGAUACAGUCUUUCAAAACCCAACUUGUUAAAAAAAUAUUUCCUUGUUGAAGAAUUAUAAUUAGCGGAGGGCCUAAAAAUAAUUAAGGAUAGCCCACUAGCUUUUUUUGGUAGGUUGUUGGUUGCUGUCACCCCCAUUGAGACUGAUGAUGAUGAUAAUUGAGUAGACGAUAAUAUUGUUAAUUUCUAGUGUUUAAGAUUUUAUUGACAAGUCGACGAGUUGUUUGAAAGAAAAUAAAUAUAAAAGUCUUGCAUUCUAUGGCGCAA